AUGAAGAUAAGAGGAACAAAUAAAAUUCAAAAAAAUACAUCUAAUCAUCUACAUUUUCAAAAAGGCAAUCAUAAAUCUUGGAAAAAACGUACGGAAGAAAGAAAAGCUAUUCAUGAUAUGAAAGAAAGAGAAAGAAAAUUAAUACAUGAAAAAAAAACCAUUCAAGAGAAAAAAAAAGAAUUCAUUAAAAAAAAACUUUUAGCUAAAAAAGAAAAAGAACGCUUUGAAAAAAUGAAACAAAAGAUGCACAUAAAAAGAAUUGAACGUUUACGAAGACGUGAAAGAAAAUCUAAAUAUUCUCAAAAAUAA